GGAUCCUCCUACUGUACAACUAACCAUAUCAUACAGCUGAUAGCUAGGGUCUCCUACUGUACAACUAACCAUAUCAUACAGCUUAUAGCUAGGGUCUCCUACUGUACAACUAACCAUAUCAUACAGCUUAUAGCUAGGGUCUCCUACUGUACAACUCACCAGCUUAUAGCUAGGGUCUCCUACUGUACAACUAACCACAUCAUACAGCUUAUAGCUAGGGUCUCCUACUGUACAACUAACCAUAUCAUACAGCUGAUAGCUAGGGUCUCCUACUGUACAACUCACCACAUCAUACAGCUUAUAGCUAGGGUCUCCUACUGUACAACUCACCACAUCAUACAGCUUAUAGCUAGGGUCUCCUACUGUACAACUCACCAGCUUAUAGCUAGGGUCUCCUACUGUACAACUAACCAUAUCAUACAGCUGAUAGCUAGGGUCUCCUACUGUACAACUAACCAUAUCAUACAGCUUAUAGCUAGGGUCUCCUACUGUACAACUAACCACAUCAUACAGCUGAUAGCUAGGGUCGCCUACUGUACAACUCACCAGCUUAUAGCUAGGGUCUCCUACUGUACAACUAACCAUAUCAUACAGCUGAUAGCUAGGGUCUCCUACUGUACAACUAACCAUAUCAUACAGCUUAUAGCUAGGGUCUCCUACUGUACAACUAACCACAUCAUACAGCUUAUAGCUAGGGUCUCCUACUGUACAACUAACCAUAUCAUACAGCUUAUAGCUAGGGUCUCCUACUGUACAACUAACCAUAUCAUACAGCUUAUAGCUAGGGUCUCCUACUGUACAACUAACCAUAUCAUACAGCUUAUAGCUAGGGUCUCCUACUGUACAACUAACCAUAUCAUACAGCUGAUAGCUAGGGUCUCCUACUGUACAACUAACCAUAUCAUACAGCUUAUAGCUAGGGUCUCCUACUGUACAACUAACCAUUUCAUACAGCUGAUAGCUAGGGUCUCCUACUGUACAACUAACCAUAUCAUACAGCUUAUAGCUAGGGUCUCCUACUGUACAACUAACCACAUCAUACAGCUUAUAGCUAGGGUCUCCUACUGUACAACUAACCAUAUCAUACAGCUGAUAGCUAGGGUCUCCUACUGUACAACUAACCAUAUCAUACAGCUGAUAGCUAGGGUCUCCUACUGUACAACUAACCACAUCAUACAGCUUAUAGCUAGGGUAUCCUACUGUACAACUAACCAUAUCAUACAGCUUAUAGCUAGGGUCUCCUACUGUACAACUAACCACAUCAUACAGCUUAUAGCUAGGGUCUCCUACUGUACAACUAACCAUAUCAUACAGCUGAUAGCUAGGGUCUCCUACUGUACAACUAACCACAUCAUACAGCUUAUAGCUAGGGUCUCCUACUGUACAACUAACCAUAUCAUACAGCUUAUAGCUAGGGUAUCCUACUGUACAACUAACCAUAUCAUACAGCUUAUAGCUAGGGUCUCCUACUGUACAACUAACCAUAUCAUACAGGUUAUAGCUAGGGUAUCCUACUGUACAACUAACCAGCUUAUAGCUAGGGUCUCCUACUGUACAACUAACCAUAUCAUACAGCUGAUAGCUAGGGUCUCCUACUGUACAACUAACCAUAUCAUACAGCUGAUAGCUAGGGUCUCCUACUGUACAACUAACCAUAUCAUACAGCUGAUAGCUAGGGUCUCCUACUGUACAACUCACCACAUCAUACAGCUUAUAGCUACAGUGAGGGAAAAAAGUAUUUGAUCCCCUGCUGAUUUUGUACGUUUGCCCACUGACAAAAAAAUGAUCUGUCUAUAAUUUUAAUGGUAGGUUUAUUUGAACAGUGAGAGACAGAAUAACAACAACAAAAUCCAGAAAAACAUGUCAAAGAUUUUAUAAAUGUAUUUGCAUUUUAAUGAGGGAAAUAAGUAUUUGACCCCAUCUCAAUCAGAAAGAUUUCUGGCUCCCAGGUGUCUUUUAUACAGGUAACGAGCUGAGAUUAGGAGCACACUCUUAAAGGGAGUGCUCCUAAUCUCAGCUUGUUACCUGUAUAAAAGACACCUGUCCACAGAAGCAAUCAAUCAAUCAGAUUCCAAACUCUCCAAGACCAAAGAGCUCUCCAAGGAUGUCAGGGACAAGAUUGUAGACCUACACAAGACUGGAAUGGGCUACAAGACCAUCGCCAAGCAGCUUGGUGAGAAGGUGACAACAGUUGGUGCGAUUAUUCGCAAAUGGAAGAAACACAAAAUAACUGUCAACCUACCUCGGCCUGGGGCUCCAUGCAAGAUCUCACCUCGUGGAGUUGCAAUGAUCAUGAGAACGGUGAGGAAUCAGCCCAGAACUACACGGGAGGAUCUUGUCAAUGAUCUCAAGGCAGCUGGGACCAUAGUCACCAAGAAAACAAUUGGUAACACACUACACCUUGAAGGACUGAAAUCCUGCAGCGCCCGCAAGGUCCCCCUGCUCAAGAAAGCACAUAUACAGGCCCGUCUGAAGUUUGCCAAUGAACAUCUGAAUGAUUCAGAGGAGAACUGGGUGAAAGUGUUGUGGUCAGAUGAGACCAAAAUCGAGCUCUUUGGCAUCAACUCAACUCGCCGUGUUUGGAGGAGGAGGAAUGCUGCCUAUGACCCCAAGAACACCAUCCCCACCGUCAAACAUGAAGGUGGAAACAUUAUGCUUUGGGGGUGUUUUUCUGCUAAGGGGACAGGACAACUUCACCGCAUCAAAGGGACGAUGGAUGGGGCCAUGUACCGUCAAAUCUUGUGUGAGAACCUCCUUCCCUCAGCCAGGGCAUUGAAAAUGGGUCAUGGAUGGGUAUUCCAGCAUGACAAUGACCCAAAACACACGGCCAAGGCAACAAAGGAGUUGCUCAAGAAGAAGCACAUUAAGGUCCUGGAGUGGCCUAGCCAGUCUCCAGACCUUAAUCCCAUAGAAAAUCUGUGGAGGGAGCUGAAGGUUCGAGUUGCCAAACGUCAGCCUCGAAACCUUAAUGACUUGGAGAAGAUCUGCAAAGAGGAGUCGGACAAAAUCCCUCUUGAGAUGUGUGCAAACCUGGUGGCCAACUACAAGAAACGUCUGACCUCUGUGAUUGCCAACAAGGGUUUUGCCACCAAGUACUAAGACAUGUUUUGCAGAGGGGUCAAAUACUUAUUUCCCUCAUUAAAAUGCAAAUCAAUUUAUAACAUUUUUGACAUGCGUUUUUCUGGAUUUUGUUGUUGUUAUUCUGUCUCUCACUGUUCAAAUAAACCUACCAUUAAAAUUAUAGACUGAUCAUGUCUUUGUCAGUGGGCAAACGUACAAAAUCAGCAGGGGAUCAAAUACUUUUUUCCCUCACUGUAGGCCUACUGUAGAACUAACCAUAUCAUACAGCUUAUAGCUAGGGUCUCCUACUGUACAACUAACCACAUCAUACAGCUUAUAGCUAGGGUAUCCUACUGUACAACUAACCAUAUCAUACAGCUUAUAGCUAGGGUCUCCUACUGUACAACUAACCAUAUCAUACAGCUUAUAGCUAGGGUCUCCUACUGUACAACUAACCAUAUCAUACAGCUGAUAGCUAGGGUCUCCUACUGUACAACUAACCAUAUCAUACAGCUGAUAGCUAGGGUCUCCUACUGUACAACUAACCAUAUCAUACAGCUUAUAGCUAGGGUCUCCUACUGUACAACUAACCAUAUCAUACAGCUGAUAGCUAGGGUCUCCUACUGUACAACUAACCAUAUCAUACAGCUUAUAGCUAGGGUCUCCUACUGUACAACUCACCACAUCAUACAGCCUAUAGCUAGGGUCUCCUACUGUACAACUCACCAUAUCAUACAGCUUAUAGCUAGGGUCUCCUACUGUACAACUCACCAUAUCAUACAGCUUAUAGCUAGGGUCUCCUACUGUACAACUAACCACAUCAUACAGCUUAUAGCUAGGGUCUCCUACUGUACAACUAACCACAUCAUACAGCUUAUAGCUAGGGUCUCCUACUGUACAACUAACCAUAUCAUACAGCUUAUAGCUAGGGUCUCCUACUGUACAACUAACCACAUCAUACAGCUUAUAGCUAGGGUGUCCUACUGUACAACUAACCAUAUCAUACAGCUUAUAGCUAGGGUCUCCUACUGUACAACUAACCACAUCAUACAGCUUAUAGCUAGGGUCUCCUACUGUACAACUAACCAUAUCAUACAGCUUAUAGCUAUGGUCUCCUACUGUACAACUAACCACAUCAUACAGCUUAUAGCUGGGGUCUCCUACUGUACAACUCACCACAUCAUACAGCUUAUAGCUAGGGUCUCCUACUGUACAACUAACCAUAUCAUACAGCUUAUAGCUAGGGUCUCUUACUGUACAACUAACCACAUCAUACAGCUUAUAGCUAGGGUCUCUUACUGUACAACUAACCACAUCAUACAGCUUAUAGCUAGGGUCUCCUACUGUACAACUAACCAUAUCAUACAGCUUAUAGCUAGGGUCUCUUACUGUACAACUAACCACAUCAUACAGCUUAUAGCUAGGGUCUCCUACUGUACAACUAACCAUAUCAUACAGCUUAUAGCUAGGGUCUCCUACUGUACAACUAACCACAUCAUACAGCUGAUAGCUAGGGUCUCCUACUGUACAACUAACCAUAUCAUACAGCUUAUAGCUAGGGUCUCCUACUGUACAACUAACCAUAUCAUACAGCUUAUAGCUAGGGUCUCCUACUGUACAACUAUCCAUAUCAUACAGCUGAUAGCUAGGGUCUCCUACUGUACAACUAACCACAUCAUACAGCUUAUAGCUAGGGUCUCCUACUGUACAACUAACCACAUCAUACAGCUUAUAGCUAGGGUCUCCUACUGUACAACUAACCAUAUCAUACAGCUUAUAGCUAGGGUCUCCUACUGUACAACUAACCAUAUCAUACAGCUUAUAGCUAGGGUCUCCUACUGUACAACUAACCACAUCAUACAGCUUAUAGCUAGGGUCUCCUACUGUACAACUAACCAUAUCAUACAGCUGAUAGCUAGGGUCUCCUACUGUACAACUAACCAUAUCAUACAGCUUAUAGCUAGGGUCUCCUACUGUACAACUAACCACAUCAUACAGCUUAUAGCUAGGGUCUCCUACUGUACAACUAACCAUAUCAUACAGCUUAUAGCUAGGGUCUCCUACUGUACAACUAACCAUAUCAUACAGCUUAUAGCUAGGGUCUCCUACUGUACAACUAACCAUAUCAUACAGCUUAUAGCUAUGGUCUCCUACUGUACAACUAACCAUAUCAUACAGCUUAUAGCUAGGGUCUCCUACUGUACAACUCACCACAUCAUACAGCUUAUAGCUAGGGUCUCCUACUGUACAACUAACCAUAUCAUACAGCUUAUAGCUAGGGUCUCCUACUGUACAACUAACCACAUCAUACAGCUUAUAGCUAGGGUCUUCUAC